CUCUCCUCCUCAUCUCCCCGCCCUCCUCGCCCCCGCCCCGCCCCGCUCGCGCCUCCCAGCUGCAGAGCACGCUGGUCAAGCCACGCCCCACGACGACCCAUACCCGGAACGCUACCGAUACCCGUGCCUCGUCCAUAGACAUCUCGUCGUCGUGCCCCCGCCAUGUCGCAACACCAGGAUUACGCGCUCCUCCCCCAGCACGCGGGCCACCUCGCCAACGAGCCGCGCAGCCCACGCACCGCAGAGAGCAACGGGGUCUUUGAGAAGGAGCAGACGGACUUGUCCACCGAGUCGCAGGCCGCCGUCCCGUCAAUAUGCGGCAUGCCUCUCAAAUAUGUCUCAUUGGUGACUCUGGCAGUCCAAAACGCGCUGCUCACGCUCAUCAUGCACUACUCGCGCGUGUCCAGCGCGCCGUCGCACACGUACUCCGCUGCGUCCGCAGUGCUGCUCACCGAGCUGCUCAAGGGCUCCAUCUCGCUCACGGUCGCGUUCAUGCGCCUCGACUACUGCUCGCCCAACGCAGCGGCCGGGAGCUCGCUGUGGAACCCCCGCGUGCUCUUCUACCGCUUCCGGAGGCUCGGCAAGGAGGUAUUCCGGCCGGACUGCUGGAAGCUCUCCAUCCCCGCUAUCCUAUACGUGAUCCAAAAUAAUCUCCAGUUCGUCGCCGUGUCGAACCUCGAGGCCGCGACGUUCCAGGUCAGCUACCAGAUGAAGAUCCUCACCACCGCCGCGUUCUCCGUCGUGCUCCUCCGCAAGAGGCUCAGCCCGACCAAGUGGCUCGCGCUGCUGUUCCUGGCCAUCGGAGUUGGCAUCGUGCAGAUUCAGAACGGCUCUUCCUCCGGCCAUUCCUCAAGCGGCUCGGGCCCUGACAUGAACGCCUUCAAGGGCUUCAUGGCGGUCGUUAUGGCGUGCUUUACGUCCGGCCUCGCGGGAGUGUACUUCGAGAUGGUCCUGAAGGGCUCGCAGACCGACCUUUGGGUGCGCAACGUCCAGCUUUCGCUCUUCUCACUACUCCCGGCGCUCGUCCCCAUCCUGUUCUCGCCUUCAAACCCCUCCGGACCCGCUCCCGGCUGGCUCCAGCACCUGUUUGCGAACUUUGGCUUCUGGGCAUGGGCGACGGUUUUGACGCAGGUGGUCGGCGGUCUGCUCACCGCGCUGGUCAUCAAGUACGCGGACAACAUCCUCAAGGGCUUCGCGACCAGCUUGAGCAUCGUUAUCUCGUUCCUCGCGUCGGUCGCGCUCUUCCACUUCCAAAUCACGGUCGCGUUCGUGCUCGGCUCCACCGUCGUCCUCGUCGCCACCUGGAUGUACAACCAGCCCGACGCGCCCGCCGGCGACAACCUGUACCCGAAGGAGUGCCGCUCAGGGUGGGGAUGGGGCUGGAGCCGCACAGCUUCCGGCGCGCGUAACACCUCUGCGCUGGAGCUUGCCACGACCAACAUGAACGUUUCACGCCGCGCUUCGACGUCCUCGCUGUGCUCGCUCACAUCCGUCCCCGCGGGCGCGUCCAAGUCAUACCCGGGCUCCCCUGUUGAGCGCGAGGCGCCGUUCUUCCCGCAGCUCCUCGAGAAGGGCCUCCUUGGCAAGCGGAAAGAGGACGACCCGACGCCGUUCUUCCCCACUCCCCUGCGUGCGUCGCGUGCAGCGACCCGUCUCGCGCACUACUUCGCGCGCUCCGGCUCCGGAUCGUUCGUCAUCUCCGAGAACGCGUCGUACCUCCCCUCGCACUCCUCGUUGUAUGCAUCAGUGUCGCCAUCUGCGUCGUAUCCCUCGACGCGGCCACCAAGCGCGCUGUCAUCACGACCCGCGAGCGCCAUGGGCACUGUCCCCGAGACCGCGCAGGAGGACCACCAUUCAUGAUGUCAGCCCGGUAUCCUUCUUGCAUGCUCGGAUCCCCGCUACGACCCCCUUCCCCGCCCCGCGCCCCGUCCCCCGCGACGAGACGGCGACGAGAGAAAACGAGAAACGAAGAACAGGAACGCGACGACGACCCCCUCAAACCGGAGAAGAAGUUCCCCCCAGCCCAGGUACUUGGCAAAGACUUUUUGAACAGUACUGGACCGUAUAUUAUUAUUUUGUCUCCGCCACGCCCCCUCUUUCCCCGCCUGCGCGCGCGCUGCCCUUCCGUUGCUGCGCGGACCCUGCCUACCCUGCACAUUCGCCUUCGCCUUCGCUUUUCACCCGCACCCGCACCCGCACCCGCACCCUUAGCCUACUCGCACGCCAUUUAGACGUCCCCGCGCGUUCUCGGUCUUCCCGUACUUUUGUUUAACAUCGCAUCACGUAUUGGCUGCACGGACCCCUCCGCGCUGGACUUGCCCACAUACCACUUCCUUCUCCCUACCGUACCUCUACACCUUCACCGUAUAACGUAUGGACACCUAUUGCGCAUUCGUCUCGUCUCUCGUGUCGUGCGAGCUGCUGCCAAGGCGGUGCGGCGGCAAUCCGACGCGUUUUUGCAAAUCCUCGCUACUUACCUAGGCCUCCUCGUGGUGCGGCGCGCGCGCACUUCGCUAUUCA